AAGCGAAGUGGCAAAAGAGAGAUGGAUGGAGGGAGCCAAAACGGUGCUUAUGAUGGUAGAGUUAUAACGGAGGAGCAAAUGGAGAUUCUCAGUAAGCAGAUCGCCAUUUACGCCGCCAUUUGUAGGCAGCUCGUUUCCCUCCACGAGUCUCUCUCUUCUAAACUUCCCCUCUCAUCAGGAGUGGAUCCAACCGGAGGUGGAUACUUUGACUCGAUGGGGGCUUCGCCAAGCACUUAUAAAAUAUCUCAUCGGCAUCGUUGGACUCCGACAUCGAUGCAACUUCAAAUUCUCGAAAGCAUUUACGAGGAAGGAAGCGGAACACCAAAACCACAGAGGAUUGAAGAGAUCACGUUGGAGCUGUCUCAACACGGACAGGUCAUGGACAAAAUUGUAUACAACUGGUUUCAAAACCGACGAGCUCGGUCCAAACGAAAGCAGCCUCAGGCUAUGACAACGACGACUGUUCAGACCGUUGAUGCGGUGGCGGCAACAGAGGAGAGGAGUUAUGGAGAUUCUGGAGGGUUUGAGUCUUAUGAUCAUAUCCUCUUUCCGAGUACUGACUUUGGGAUUGAGCAUUUGCUAGAUGGAGGAAUAUUUCGGGAGAGAUAA